CUAGAUGAUUAACGAAUAAGUGUGGAAUAGAAGAAUGAAUGGAUGAUUGGAGGGCUUACAGGACUUCCCUGUUUGGCUUCCCUGGAGACUGUUAAAUUCUGGCUUUUUCCUGGUGUUAUUUAACUUUCCCUGCAUGCCGUCUCCAAAGUUUUAUCUCUUGCAAGGAAACAGUGGCAUUUUUGGGUUCUUUGCUGUUGAUUUUGCUGAGCAGGCCAAUAUGCAACAAGAACCAAACCUAAUUUGAAACACCCCCAUUUUGGGGUUGGGAGAGGGUUUAGCACGAAGUAGUUAGACAAAGCAGGUUGCGGUCCUGUAUUUAACUUUUUGCUUGAAGCUUCCUUGGGUGAAUUGACUGUGGGGACUUCUCAGAGACGACGACUCCUCCUCCUCCUCCUCCUCCUCCUCCCUCUCCUCCUCCAGCUCUGAGUCAGUUUAGCCUCUGACUUGUGUGAAGGCAAUCUGCCCCUUUGUGAGAGGACCUGCUGUCUCUGAAAGGGCUGCUGCCCCCAGCCCCUCCUCAGGGCCCUUCUUGUGUGCACGUGGGUUUGAAAAGCUCAUUGAUUCCCAUCCAAAGGGGCUAAUUACAUUACUUACAGUAAAUAGCAGCCCUGCUGUCAGGUAUAGCUGCCAAAGUAAGGAGGAGGGGGAUGUCUCCGGCUUAGUUCACUUGAUUGGCUUCAUUUUUGUGUGAAAUUGUGCUUUAUGAGCUGUAUUCUGGCACCCGGAGGACCUAAACUGCGUCCAGUCUGCAAAUAACAUUAUUUUUGACCCUGAGAAAAAAGGAGGGGAAGCAGUGGAGUCUUGAGUUUCAUGGAAGAGGCCACUCCGGCAGCCUCAGAAGGCAACGCUUUGGGACAGGAAGUCAGGCUGCUGCACCAGGGUCGUUUCCUCCCUCACUUUAUUCCUGCCUGCCUUCCUUCCCCUUUUCCUCAUUUUCUUUCUUCCUUUUUUCUUCCCUCCCUCCCUCUCUCCCUGGCUUCUCUCCCAUCGUCUUUCUAGCUUUGGCCACAGUUCCCUGUCGGGCUCCCCCGGGCAGAGGGAAGCGGGUGUGCGGCCCGGCGGCCCCUCUGAGGUUUCUAGGAUGUGCCAGGACACAGGUACCGCAGUCCCGGGAAAGGCGGCGGGAAGCAGUGGCGAACGCAGGCUGACGACGGGAACGAAAGGAGCCGAGAGCGGCCCGCGCGUCCUCCUCUCUGGGUAAAGCCACGUUGGUUCCUGCCGCCGCGCUGCGCUUAGGACCCCUAGGGGGCCUCCGGCCGUUUGAAUGAAUCGACAAUAUCAGAGUAUUGUGGACACUUUUUAAUGGGGCCGGGGAGGGGCCGCCGCUGCCGGGAACAGAGGGCGACAGAACAAUCCCACCUCUUGUGAGGAGCAGGGCUGCCAUUCUGCUUGUCAGUUCUCACCUUCCCCUCCUCCACGGCAAAGAGCCCCUUUCACACCCUUCAGAGUGUGCGGGUGCGCCCGGUUUUACAAGACCCCUGUCCUGCCAGGAUAGUGGGAGCAGCACGCGAUGGGGCUAGCGCCCAGUCCUGCGGGGGCAGGCGUCAAGCUCCCGGGAGUCCCCAAGUCGCUGCCCACAUUGGCAAGUUUCAAAUGAGACAUCAGAAUCUCCGGCAGCUUUCCUUCCAACCUGAACCAGGGAAGAGAAUAAGCCGCCCUACGCCCAAGACGCAGCUGCAUACCUAUGUGUGCAGGUCCAUGCUUUGUCCUCUAUACUCUGAUUUUCUCGAAGAAAAUUGUUUUGCCAAAAGUAACCCUGAGAAAUGGAGAUGCUCCAAACGACCUUUUCACUUUGGAAGAAGCCAGCACCUAGUAGGGUCUCGGGCCCUCAAGAAGCCAUGCUCUUCCACGGGAUCUCCGGAGGCCACAUCCAAGGCAUCAUGGAGGAGAUGGAGCGCAGAUCCAAGACUGAGGCCCGUCUGGCCAAAGGCGCCCAGCUCAACGGCCGCGAUGCGGGCAUGCCCCCGCUCAGCCCGGAGAAGCCGGCUCUGUGCGCCGGCUGCGGGGGCAAGAUCUCGGACAGGUACUACCUGCUGGCUGUGGACAAACAGUGGCAUCUGAGAUGCCUGAAGUGCUGUGAAUGUAAGCUGGCCCUUGAGUCCGAGCUGACCUGCUUUGCUAAGGACGGUAGCAUUUACUGCAAGGAGGAUUACUACAGAAGGUUCUCUGUGCAGCGAUGUGCCCGCUGCCACCUUGGCAUUUCCGCCUCGGAGAUGGUCAUGCGCGCCCGAGACUCUGUGUACCACCUGAGCUGCUUCACCUGCUCCACUUGCAACAAGACUCUGACCACGGGCGACCAUUUCGGCAUGAAGGACAGCCUCGUGUACUGCCGCGCCCACUUCGAGACCCUCUUGCAAGGAGAGUAUCCACCGCAGCUGAGCUACACGGAGCUGGCGGCCAAGAGCGGCGGCUUGGCCCUACCUUACUUCAACGGCACGGGCACCGUGCAGAAGGGGCGGCCCCGGAAGCGGAAGAGCCCAGCGCUGGGAGUGGACAUCGUCAAUUACAACUCAGGUUGUAACGAGAAUGAGGCAGACCACUUGGACCGGGACCAACAGCCUUAUCCACCCUCACAGAAGACCAAGCGCAUGAGAACCUCCUUCAAGCACCACCAGCUCCGGACCAUGAAAUCCUACUUUGCCAUCAACCACAACCCAGAUGCCAAGGACCUCAAGCAGCUUGCCCAGAAAACAGGCCUGACCAAAAGAGUUUUGCAGGGAGAACAAAUCUUGGGGCAUUACAGCCAAACAUCCCGACGUUUGAAAAUUCCCUAAAGUAUUAAAAGAAGGGGAAAAGUUUGAUCGGAAAUCCACUGCAGUGAAGACAAAGACACUAUUAGGUUAUGAUAAUCAUACAUUAAAAAAUUUAUUGAGCCAAAAAAAAAGAGAGAGAGAGAGAGAGAGACUUAAAUGUCAUUUACUGAAUGUUAACAAAACUUGUAUUCUUUAUGGUGUCUAACACAACUGAAGGCUUAAAAUUAUAUGGUUUAAACAAAAUUAGAUAAACCAUGUACAAAACCAGAGCAACCUGGCAGUAAUAUGCCCACCCCAUAUUUGAAAAAAAAUUAUUAUUGAAAAAACUUUCACACAUUUGUCAAGCACAAAUAGUUGUAAAAUAAAGUCCAAAACAUUCAUUUCACCUGCUUGCUAAUGUGUAUUAGUCCUGUUAAUGGCAUUUACCAAUUGUAAAUUCAAAGAAAAGCUAUCACUCAUUUAAGAGUAUAGGGAUCAAAACCCAGUAAUUUUAGUAUUAUUGUUUAUUACUUCCUUUUUAAACAGAAAUCUCUGCAUGCACUUUUACAUCUGUCACCUCUAGUGUACACCUCUGUAUGAUGACUUAUCUUUGCUGUUUCUUGUAUGAUAAAUAGCUUUCAUUAAUAAACAUUUAUUUGAUGCAAACAUAGUUAACUUUAUGUUAAACACACACUGUUGAAAUUAAUUUUGAACACUGUUAAAGAGGCAGCACAGUACAUUUACAACUUGUUAUACUAAUAAAAAAUACAAACAGCAUAAUGAGAUUAAAUUCUGGUAAUCUAGGUUAAAAUUACUUACUUGGUUUUUACCUUUUCACGACUUAUUUUCAUUUGUUGUAUUCAAUUGCCACAUGUAUUAAAAGUAAAAUCAAAGUGAACACAAAUUACAACAAAAUAAAUCUUAGAAUAGACUAUUGUAUAAAAUUUCAGCAACUUUUUUAGAUUACUAGGGUAAAAUUUAUAGAUCCUAUGUGAGUUUACAUGUUUGCUAUGCAAUGAACAAAUUUAUUGAAGUAUACAAAUAUAUUCUGAACUAUAAAAAGAUUCAAUCUUUGCAUAGUUCAAGUUACAUAUGAUUAUUACAAACACAGGAGCAAAUGGAAAGACACAAAUAUUUAGGAAUGAAGUUGUUUUUAAUUGUUAAAGGGAAUAUUUGAAGAAUAAAAUUUUAGCUAUUCCUAUUUAGCUUUAUAUCCAAAGCAUAUGUUAAACAAACUAACAUAUAAAUACUUUCCAGAAAAUUUUUCAUUAUGAUGAAAUUUUUAUUAUAUACAAAUGAACCCUAUGUAAAUGAUGUAACUUUUAUGAAUGACAGACAUUAAAUAUUUCACUUACAUGUAUUCUUAGAAUUUUGAAUGUUUUCUUAAAUGCUUUCACUUCUUGAAUACUAAAAAGAAAAAACUUUAAAGGAGAGAGAGCAACUUACUAAUAAAAAAAAGAAAAGCAAUGCACCAUGACAAGUAGACUAUUUUGAGUGAUCAUGAAACAUGUUGGUUUUGUCAGUAACUUGAAUGUUUAUGCCUCAUCGAAACCUCAUCCGCCGCUAUAGCAACUUAAAUAUAUUUUCCAAUGCAUUUCCAGCCAGUUUAUUCAAAUCUUUGCCCUACAGCCUUGCCUUCUUUCCCUGUUCUGUCACCUAUGGCAAUUUCAUUUAGAAGUAUUUUGGAACUUCGCCUGGUUUUACAGACCUUUAAAUAUUUGUCUGGUAUGUGAGAUGCAGGAAGAGACCAGAGAGGAAACGAAUAUAACUGAAAUUAGACAUCUGAAAAAAAUAAUACAAAUUUGAAACAGGCACAUUUUUUAAAACUUAAAAAAAAAAGUAGAAAGGAGUACUAAUUAUGUGAGUGGGAAGAGAAAGCGUGUGAUGCAGAGUUGGAAGGUCUAUUGCACUUCACUGUGAUGUAAAGCAGUCUUUGAGUCUGGGCAACUGCACACUUACUGUUUAGUGUGGAAUAGAAAAAUGUGGACCUCUUAGCUGAGAGCAGGGCACUAAAUUUUCAUAGCUUCUACCUCCCAAUUGCCUGGGUUAGUCUAACUGCUGGCAGAUUGAUCUUGGGCAAAAAGCUUCACUGAGAGUUAGUGUCUGUGUGCUUUGGUUGAACAGCCACCUUAAUACUGACUUAUGUACUGGAUAGGAUUUUGAUACCUCAAAUAAGGGUAAAACUCCAUAAUAAAGGACCCAAAACAAACACUUUUAAAACUUAGGUGAUUUUUCAUCACCUAAAACAUAAAUAGCUUUAUUUAGAAAAAUCCCAGUGGAAUGUACCAUACUUUCCUUUAUAAUAACCCCUUUUUGGGGAGUCAAAGUAUUGUUUUUUAGCCACAUAUAAAUAUCAUCUCAUUUUCUGUUGCAGUGUGACUGCAAGGGGUGUUGUGUGGAAUGCAUUAGAACUGGGAAGCUCUGGAAUGGAAAUUUGGAAUCAUGUCAUUCUAGGCUCUUAAAGAGUAUGUUAGGGAUAAUACAGUUGUAAAAAAUAAAUAUAAACACCUAAUUUUAUAUGAAGUUUUGCUAUUUAAAUUUUAGCCAUGUUAUAAACAAAGCUAGCUUUACUUGUAGAGAGUUUGUGUACUCUUGAGGUCAUUCAAUAGCUUUUACAUUUUGUAGUCUGUUCCACAACAGGGCAAAAUAAGCACAACAGGACUUAGUCUAAAUUGAAGGAAUAUUGAAUUUUCUUUGAAACCAUAUAUAGAUAAAUCUAGAUUGGCCUUUUAGAUCUAGUUUCUGUUUUUAGUAAUUGGGAACCAACUCUCAAUAUUAAAAUAAAUAAAAACGACUCUAAUGUAAGACCGCAGUCCUUUGCUUCCAGCCAAUGUCAAAACUAGGAAGGGUUUUUUUCAAUGGUUUGCUGUUGAUUUUAAACAGUUUAAUAAUACUUACUCUGCCCUCACAACAGUUUUUUUUCAGAAUAAUAAUAUGAUUAACCUUAUUUUAAAAAUAAAUUAUAAUUAUAACUUAAAAUAUUAUUUUAAAUGCCCUCUGGGAAGAUUUCCAUUUUAUUUUAUGAGAUUCCCUGGCAGUGGGGUGGGGGUGGGGGGGAUGAUGUUGGGGCAGGGAAAGCUGAGAACUGUGCAUGAUACUCAAGGAAAGGUCUAUGAAUAUGAUGUAAGUAGUAACAUUAUUGCCACAACUAAAUUUCCGUUUGACUGUGUUGCAGAAUAAAAUAAUUUUAUCAAACAUCACUCCCUACUUGCAACAUUUCUCUGUGAAUAUUAAUAUAGUUAACCCUCCCUUAUCAUGUAUCACAUGAGUAAGUUUCUUUUCCCUUGGAUUAAUUUUUGUUUCUUUGCAUACAUUUUAUCUUGUGCUAAGAUGACAAAACUCAAGCAAGAAUAAAGAUCCAGGUAUUAGCCAUACGUAGAAAGUUCCUGGUGUGCAUUUCUGUGUACUUUUCCCUUACAAAUUAGAAUUGUCAGGAACAUUUUUUUCUUUUGGAACUUUCUGUUUACAUUUUGCAUGAUCUUAUAAAUUAAUCUGAAGAGUAAUUGGAUACCUUUUAUGGUUAUUUGAAAAUAAAAUUUGCUACAAAUAA